AUGCAUCUCUCCAUCGUCCUCGCCCUUAGCGCCAUCAGCAGUUUCGCAACAGCCGACAUGGGCUACGCCUUCCUUGAGACAAAUUGUCAGGGCAACGCCGCUAUCUUCAAAGAUCUCGACCACCAAACGUGCGCUCUGUCAAUCACUGGACCAGCUGCCAACGUCACCGACGCGAUCAACAAAGGCCUGACCACGGUGAAAUCAUUCAUGCUGGAGGUUCAAGAAACCGGGUCGAAACAGAUUCUCGCUUGGGGUCCACACAAAAUCGAAACCGAUCCCGUACCACUUCAGUGCGGGGCCCUUAUUGCUAGCAAGCGAGUGAAACGCCGCAAGACGUGCGUGAAUGUUACUGCAACUGGAUAUAGCUGGGUUGAGAAGGGUAAUGGCAUUCCUAAGAGGUCGAACGACUAUGCUUGCACAUCAUCGACAAAGCAUGAUGCCGUAUUCAUCGGCAACAAAUAUUACGCCCUGCCCAAAAACAACAAAGCGGACGCCCAGAAGCUACAGAGCCUGCUUUUCGAUUCCAACGCUAAGGUCGAAAAGCCGCUUGCCCAGUACGAAUUCGUUCCCUCUUUCUGA